AUGCCCGCUCCCUCGCCGCUGCCCGCUCGUUGCCCGCUGCCGCCCCGCUGCCGCGCCGCUGUUUUCGAGAACCGAGUGCCAGGCAUAGAGCUGGCGCCGCCGGCCAGGGCGCCGCCCGCCGAGCCGCCGCCGCCCGAGCCUGUCCCAGACCCGCCGCAACCUAUAGACAUAUCCAGCUGGGAUGAAACGACCCCCGUGCCAAGCACAAGCCAAGAAAGUGAGCCCAAGAAGAGCGUGGCCAAGAUCUGCGGACAGAAUAUAUGCCUGGACGACUCUAUACUGAAACGGAACGUAGACACAACGGACAGCGACGAGGAAUUCUUCAGCGAGUUGGACCGCGCUACCGGAUCAGUUGAGAGGCUACACAUAGACAACAACUACAAGCAGACUGUCAUGGUUGCUGACGAAGUGGCUACGGCUGCUGACAACCAGAGCGACCGUCAAGCGACCAACAUCACUGUCAUCCAAGUGUCAAACAAGCCACCCCACACCGCCAUACCAGUCCUCGGCCCAGAAACUGACAUAUUCGACUUCAACUUCACUCAAAACCCUGAAAACAACACCGAAACGUCAUUCGUGAACAUUGUCAACACUGAAGUGAACGUCAACUCUGAAAACGGCUACGGAACCGUAUUCACAGACGACUACGGCCAUUUGAGUUUGACAACAACUGUCAACUUGACAGAUGUCAAUGACAGCAGCACAGACAAAAAUGGCGUCUACGAACGACUGUGUUUAGCGUCGACGUCGAACGAAGCGGUGACGAAAUUGAAAAAGCUAGAUCGAGUGAGAAAAUCUUCGUUGCCUAAUUUAGAAACGUCUAAUUGUGACACUACGUACGAAUAUUUAUACCCUAGUCAAAGUCAAAAUCAAAAUACAAAUACAGCUGUGACAGUGAACGGUGAAACGCAGAAUCAGAAUGGGAGGGUAGAAGUGAAUUCCACGCAAAAUGGGAGGGUAGAAGUAAAUUCUGACUCUAACGGGAGGGUAGAAGUGAAUUCUAAUGUAGAUAGGAUCCAAAGUGCCGUGACUGUGGCGGGAAAUGUGAGCUUUAAUACGAGGGCAGCAAGGUCGAAUGUGGAACGGUCGCACAGUCAAAACGCGUACGAUUCGCCAAGGAGGGACAGUGUGAGACGAGUGAAUAAUCUUAGUCCGAAGAGAGAGGGGAGCAAUGACAGAGACAACUCAGAGGCAGCCAAACCAAUAUGGCGGCGCGGGUUGACAGAACUGUCAUUACUGACGCGCCUGCGUUCGCUAGCUAGGAAGAACAGUCCGCCGCCUCAUGACAGGAGCGGCGCGGCGCCGACGAAGGUGGUGCGGCGAUCGCGGCCCGAAGCACGACCCGACGCUGCCCGACGGAGGAGCAGCUCGCUUAGCAACGGUAAAUAA